UUUUUAAGGUUACCAUCGCACACUUAGAGACAACUUACACUAGUGACGAACAGUGCCAACUUCACACGCACAUGUUUCAAGCAACAAAUUCGUACCGUGGAUGAGGUGUAUGCGUGCAUGUGCUGUAUGUUCCCAAUGCAAGAGGUAUAGCAUACAGCAGAAAACCUGAAACCAUGAAGCAAGGCAGCAGAGUGAGAAAGAGCAGAUAAACAGGCAAACAGUGUGCAACACCAUGAGACAGCCGCCGCUGUAAAGCAGCAAGAGAAAAAAAGAAAGCGCGAUAGCGUACCAGCUAGCCAUCGAGAAAUCACGGCAACGUUGCAAUUGUAAAGGCAAAUCGGUAGCAUCGAGGCUUUUGUCAAGACCCUCUAGAUUUGGUACAUCUAUUAAGGAAUGGAUCUUACGAAUGGUUAAUCUGUGAAAUAACAAGGAUUACGUAUGUCGCAAAGCUGCAACUGUAUAUGGAAUAUACAAGCCAAAAAUGAGCCUCUUUCGUACGACGUUUCCAUUUGUAUCGCGGGAGCUUCUUAACUGGUUUCCUGGUCACAUGGGAAAGGGCAUGAAACAAAUGCAACAGAAAUUGAAACAGAUAGACUGCGUUAUAGAGGUUCAUGAUGCUCGAAUCCCGCUCACUGGUCGGAAUACGGAAUUCAAACACAAUAUCAGCGGUAUUAAGCCUCAUAUCUUGGUUCUCAACAAGAGUGACUUGAUUGAAAAGCACUUUGAAGGCAAAAUAAUCGAACGCCUACAGCAAGAAAAUCAAGAUACGAUGCACGUGUUGUUUACUAAUUGUAAAAACCAAAGCUGCCGAGGGCUUCGAAAGUUGAUGCCACUGGCGCAAACCUUGAUCAAUAGCUCUGAUCGCUUUAAUCGGUCAAGUCAGCGAGAGUUUUGCAUAAUGAUUAUUGGCGUGCCGAAUGUUGGGAAAUCCUCAUUAAUAAAUGUACUACGUAAUCGUCAUCUGAACAAAAAAGGAGCGAGUCAGGUGGGAGCUGUUGCAGGCGUUACGAGAAGUGUACUGAAUCGUAUCAAAAUUUGUGAAGAUCCAGCUAUUUACCUACUCGACACUCCUGGCAUUCUCGAACCAAAUAUCGCCGACACUGAAACAGGUCUUCGUCUAGCAUUGGUCUCGUGCUUGCAGGACCAUCUCGUUGGCGAAGAACUUAUUGCCGAUUAUCUACUCUUCCUGCUAAACAAGCAGCGCAAUUUUCGCUACGUUGAGAUAAUGGGUUUGUCUGAACCAACGGAUUCGAUAGCCUCCGCAUUAGUAGCCAGUGCAGUGCAUUUGAAUAAAAUGAUUCGCACGAAGCAGCUAGAUGGCACAAGCGUGCUGCGUCCCAACGUCAAUAUGGCAGCAAAACUAAUGCUAAAAUCCUUUCGCACUGGGGCUUUUGGCAAUAUUCUAUUAGACGAAGAUAAAAUAAUGCAUUCUAACAAUAAUAUUAGUUUAAAAAAUAUAUGACCAAAUUCCGGUUCGCCUGCCGGGGCUCUGCUCGAAAUAUCACUAACAUAAAGAGCAAUAUAUGGCCAAGAAGCCAAAAUUGUCAUAGUCGUUCGAUAGUAUGCCGAUACUGUCUACGAUAACUGAAUACAGAGAGUAAACAAAUAAAUCCAAAAUAGUUUUCGCCUGGAAAAUAAUUUGAAUUCGAUUAAUAAGAUAGAUUAACAUUUACUAUUUUCUAAUGUAUUGAAAUUCCAAAAACUACAAAAGAGCGUGAGUUAUCGUGAAAUCUAUAGUAUCAUAGCCGUGGUUUUUAUAAUGUUAGGCUCGCGUUAGAACCCCAGGUGAAAUUUGGGGUUCUAUGGCUGUAUUGCAAUAUUUUUUUAUGAGAAUAUGGUUUAUCGUACACCAAAAGAAACGCUGUAUUUAAUUUAAUGUAUUUAAUUCAUUAUUUAAAUAUGUUUUACAGAAUAAAUAGUUCGGAAAUUGAAUAUCCUAUCUUUUGGUGUA